AUGUCAAAAAAGAGAUUAGAUCGUUUGGAUGCUGGAUAAUGUUCUACUGAUCGUAGUCAUCAUAAAAAUAAUAACAGUACUGAUCUCAAUUUUGUAAAUCCUUUAUUUACUAUUAUUGUAGACUCUCCAUUAGAGAUUAAAUAGCAAUGUUGAUGAGUAACUACAAUCUAAAAUUACAUUAUUUUCUAAAUUCAAAUAAAAAGAAUUACCUUAAGUUAAUGAUUCUCUAUAGGGGAUGGCUCAAACAUUAUCUAAAGUGUCAUUUAAUGAAAUUCAGCAUCAUCAAUUAUAAAGAGAUUAUGAAAAGAUUAAAACAGAAUUAGCAUAAUUUAGAGCAUAAUAAAUCAAAUUAUAUUCCACAAUUACUAAAUUGUAAAAAGACAAUCAAAUACUUAUUGAGAAAUUAAAAUUUUAUGAUGAAGAAAAACUUAAUUUAUAAAGAAAAAUUUAAAUUGAACAAAAAUAAAAUGAAGAAUUAACUAAAAAACUUAAAAGAUCUGAAUAACGAAUUUAAAUCAUUCUAGAAUCUAAUAUCAUCUUUUAAAAGGAUCAAAUUAAAACUACACUUUUAGAUACUUUACAUGAAAAUGAACAUUAUAAAAUGGAAGCAAUUCAAAAAUAAAAGGAUUUAUAAAAGUAUUAUAUAAUUAUCAAUCUUAGACUUUAAAUUAAUAAUAAUAAUCUAAAUCAUAAAUUAAAUAGAUUAACUAAUCGAAUUGUUGCAGCAUAAAGACAUUAAACAGAAUCUGAAUUUAUUGAUCAAGAUAAAAUGGUAAUUACAUUCACAGAAAUUCCAACAAACUUUAUAUUUAGACACAUCUUUCAAAAUAUAGAAUGUAAAUAAUUUAUAUCUACAUCACUUGAAUAAACUCCAGAAUAAUUUGGUUCUCAUUUCAAUCUUAUACCUUAGGAUCAAAAGAAAAUUCAUUUAAUUUGGUUAUUUAAUCAUAUGGUGAAUUAUCGUGAAUUUAGUUAACAGCAUAAUAAUUUUAUAAUUAAAUUGACUGAUUUAAUUGUCAUUAAGUAUUUAAAAUGUUAAAUUAUUAUUACUAGAACAUAUUCAGAUUUAUAUGCAUUCAUUUAAAACAUGUCCUAAUUCUUAAAAGUAUAAAGAUUAACACUUUGGCUUAGAGAUUAUUGGACUGGAUUUUUUGAAACAAUAUAAGAAGGGUAAUCUUAAAAAAUCAUUUGUUCUAAAGGAGCAUUUAAAGAUUGUUUAGAAUAAAGAGAAGCUGUCAAUAGUAAUAUAUAUAUAAUUAUUAUAUUAAUAGAACUCACUGCACAAAGACAUCUCUUAUAUUAAGAUAGCAAAGGAGAUGAUAUUUAUCAAGAGAACACUUAUCUAUAUCCAUUAAUUACUGAUACUGUAUUACCUGCUGGUCUUUUAGAAGUGUUUUAACCUACAUAAAAUAAUUCAUAUUCAGAUAUAUAAUACUUUACUUCUUUAUUAGGCACAUUUGUAAAAAUAGUAGUUUAAAAAAUUGAAAAUGAUAUUGUGAUUUAAAAUGUGGCAAAAUAAAAAGAUAUUCUAAUAAGUUAAUUCUUAUGUUUGAUGUAAUCUAAUGAUAAGUUAUAAUUCACAAACUCAGUAAAGGAAAUGUAAUCUAAACUAUUAUAAAUUUCAACAUGUGAAAUUAUCUUUAUAGAAAAUAAUCAAAUGUUCAAAUAUAAUCCUUAAGGUUUAUAAUCUAUUAGUUGUAUUGCAGGAGUUUGUGGUCAGAUUGCUUAAGAUAAAAAACCUGCCUUCUUUUCCAAUCUUACAAAAUAAGUACAUUAUAAUCAAUUGAUUGACAUGUAUACACUUGCUCCAGUGUAUAUUUAUCCUAUCCUUAGAGAUAAUGAAUGUAAAGCUGUUAUUGAAUUAACAUUGACUAAUAAACAAAUAGAUCGUCAUCGUUUUAGAGAUCCAUUAACUAGUUUGAAUUAAUAAUCUAAUUAAGCUCGAAUGUUUUGUGAAUGUGUGCAAACAGCCUAUCUAUGCAAAUUUAAUUGA